UUGUUGUUGCUUCCACGUGACAGAUUCAUAGCUUUUUUCCCUCCUUUCUCGUGCGUCUUUUUUUGGCAAUGUUUCCCAGCCCCAGCACGUCCACACCCUUCUCUGUCAAGGAUAUAUUAAACUUGGAGCAGAAUCCCGACGUGAUGGUAUCUUCUCUUGACAUUUCCCCGCGCAUGGACUGCUCUGCCACCUCAUCCUGCAUGCUGGCCCGCUUGAAGCAGGAGCCUCUCCGGGACAUGUCCACCGCCGCCGCCUCCUCCUCCUCCCUAACUCACCAGGACAUCCAAGACUCCAACAAGGCCGGCAGAGGCAACUUUGCGCCUACAUUUUACGGCAAAUCAUACACGGGGAUGGAAAUGGAGAGGGGUGCGAAAUCAGAUGCGUUUGAGGAGAAACGAAGAAAAGAAGAUUUCCGCGCCCCUGCCGGGCCUCAGCAGGACGCAAAGACCGAGGAGCUGGAGCGGCCCAAGCCUCGGAGACGCAGGAAGCCGCGGGUCCUCUUCUCCCAGGCGCAGGUGUACGAGCUGGAGCGCCGCUUCAAGCAGCAGAGGUAUCUGUCCGCCCCGGAGCGAGACCACCUGGCCGGGGUGCUCAAACUCACCCCGACCCAAGUGAAGAUCUGGUUCCAGAACAGGAGGUACAAGUGCAAGCGACAGAGGCAGGAUCAGAGCCUGGAGAUGGUGUCCCUGCCGCCGCCCAGGAGGGUGUCGGUCCCGGUGCUGGUGCGGGACGGGAAGCCCUGCCUCGCCGGGGAAGCGGCCGCCUACAACCCUUCCUACAGCGUGGGACCCAUCAAUCACUUCGCCUACAACAACUACCCGGCCUUCAGCAACUACGCCGGGCCCGGAUGCAACACAAACUACGCGUGCAGUUAUCCUGCAGGCGCCAUGCAGACUGUGCAGGGCUCGUCCGGCAACGGGAAUUACGUGAACUUCGGGGUGGGAGACUUGAAUAAUGUCCAGAACACGUUUUCUCCCAGUAACAGAGUGUCCUCGCUGCACGGCAUCAGGACGUGGUGACAAAAUCAUCCAAUAGCCAAGUUAGUUUGAGUGGAUUCUGAGACUGCAUGCGGAUUUCUAAAGGUGUCCACACAGCAAGGAAUAUGUAUGUAGCUCUAGCUAUACCUUUUGGGUUGUUCUUGUUUUUAGCACCAAGUUGUUUUUUUCCCCCCUAAGUAACUAAAACGACAGUUUAUGGCGCACUGUGUAAUUUCUGCGUAAAUGAUAGUAGUAAUAAUAAAAAAGGUU